AUGGCGACGCCAAUCUCUGCAUCUGAACCGACCGUUAUCGCCAAGACCCAGCGCGUGCUGGCCUGCGUGCUGUGUCAGCAACGCAAGAUCAAGUGUGAUCGUACAUUCCCUUGCCUCAACUGUGUACGUGCUUGCGUGCAGUGCGAGCAAGCAACUCGCCAGCGACGCCGGCGAUUUUCCGAGAGAGAGCUACUAGCGCGCCUUCGACACUAUGAGAGCCUGCUUCGUCAGCAUAACAUCAAGAUCGAUCCUAGCGAGACGGGGCGAUAUGAUCUUUCAGAGAGUGCUCCGUCGGAAGGUACACUUGCUGACAUGGAUUCUGGCCCGCCAAGAGAAAGUCCAGCAGUCAAGUCUAAAUCAUUGAAUAUCUGGCAUGCCAUGAGUCAAAAGACCGUAGACCCCGAGGACGAUGGCAGAAAGGACGGCGAAGGCGAUGAAAACGACACCGGGUUUCUGAAUGACAACGAUUAUGUGCGCCAAGCUGUGAUCAAGAAGGCAUGGAACCAUACUUUCCAAGGCCAAACCAACGACCACCUUUUAUUCGGUUCAGUAGUAGGAAAUCUCGACCUUUCAUCUUUGCAUCCAACCCAGGUGCAUAUCUUUAGGCUCUGGCAGAUUUAUUUGGAUAACGUAAAUCCUCUUCUCGGAGUAACGCAUACACCGACCCUUCAAACACGUAUCAUCGAUGCUGCGAGCGAUAUCGCUAAUAUCAAUCCCACAUUCGAAGCACUGAUGUUCAGUAUCUACUGUGUCUCCAUUCUAAGUCUCACAGAAGAUCAAUGCAGUGUCUUGUUCGGAUCUUCUAAAAAGGAUCUCUUGACAGGAUAUCAAUUUGCAUGCCAGCAAGCGUUACGGGGUUCUUCUAUUCUACGCUCCAGUGACCCUGAGUGCUUGACCGCAUUCUAUCUGUACUUACUGUCGAUCAGACCUGACACGGACCCUGCAUCUCUCUCAUCACUACUUAGCGUUGCUAUUCGUAUUGCGAAGCGGAUAGGUAUUGACAAUGAGUCGAUGUACGGGAAAUGUUCCCCUCUAGAGGCGGAGAUGCGUCGAAGACUGUGGUGGUCGCUCAUUAUCUUCGAUACUCGCAUCUGUGAAAUGUCCGAUUAUAAGACCGUGUCGCUGGCUCCUACCUGGGACUGCAUCAUUCCCCUCAAUAUUAAUGAUUUUGAGCUUCAGCCAGAGAUGAAAACCCCACCCACAACAAACAGUAGACCAACAGAGAUGGUCUUUGCCGUUGUGCGUAGUGAGCUCGCCGACUUUGUCCGUCACAGCACCUUCCACCUCGAUUUCACCAAUCCGUUUUUGAACACGACCAACCUCCCACACACCAGAGGAGACGAGGCAGAGCGGCUUGUGGAGCUGGAGAAGGCGAUCGAGGAUAGAUACUUUGCAUUCUACAAUCCAGAGAACCCAUUGCAAUUCAUGACGAUCUGGACGAUGCGCGGUUACCUAGCUAAGAAUCGUCUCCUACAACACUACUCCCGAUACUCGACGGUCUCUGUGAAGCAGACAGAUGCACAGCGUAAAGUUGGAAUUUUUCACGCGCUGCGCAUGCUGGAGUGUGACACUAAACUUAUGACGUCGCCUCUCACCAAAGGAUACCUGUGGCUUGUUGAAUUCCACUUCCCAUUCCCCGCGUACAUUCACAUCCUGCAAGCUUUGAAGAAGAGGCCUGCCGAGGAGUAUGCGGACCAGGCGUGGGAGGUCAUGAGCAACAACUACGAGGUCCGCAUCAUGGAUGCCAAGGAGAACGGCCGCCCCUUUUUUAUCGUCUUUUCUCGUAUUGUUUUUCAGGCUUGGGAGGCGCGUGAACGGGUAGCCAGCCAACAGGAUACGCCUUUGGCGCCACCGCGGAUUGUGUCGGACAUCCGGAACAAACUAAGGCAGAUAAUGUCGAAUUUCGGGCAUGCUACCGAGACACUGCAGCCUGAUGGUGUGUUUGGCGCCAAUUCAGAUAAUACGGCAAUACAUAUGCAGGUGGAUUUCGAUGUACUCGAGAGGGCAUAUGGUGCUGGAGGAGAGGACUUUAUGAGUUUUGGACCGUGGAGAUAUCCUGAAAUGUCUGAGCCGAGCUCUCUGGGUGUGGCUACGAAUCACUUUCUUUUGGACACGAUGGACUGGGAUAAAUUGGUUUGA